UUAUUUUUUUGUCAAGAGAAACAAAAAUUAAUUUUCAUUUUGUAACAAUAAUAAUCUGGGAGAGUGAGUGUAUGGAGAAGGUAGUGACAAUGGAAUCAUCAACAACAACAACGGCUACUGAUCUAGAAGACGACGAAUCAUCAACCCUAUUGGAUCUCACCAGUUACCAGCUUCACGAUCUCGACUCAGUCGAAUUACCUUCUAACCUCACCGAGUUAGACCUCACCGCCAAUCGUUUAUCCACUCUCGACCCUCGCAUCGCCCAACUCUCCGAUCUCAAAAAUCUCUCUCUCCGUCAAAACCUAAUCACCGACGCCGCCGUUGUUCCUCUCUCUUCCUGGAACACCCUCUCUUCUCUCGAGGAAUUGGUGUUGCGUGAUAAUCAAUUAAAGAAUAUUCCUGAUGUAAGCAUAUUUAAGAAGCUUUUGGUUUUUGAUGUGUCUUUCAACGAAAUCGCUUCGUUACAUGGUGUGUCUAGGGUUUGCAACACGCUCAAAGAGCUUUAUGUGUCAAAAAAUGAAGUUACCAAAAUUGAGGAGAUUGAACAUUUUCAUCAAUUGCAGAUUUUGGAACUCGGAUCCAACAAAUUACGGGUGAUGGAGAAUUUGCAGACCCUGGUGAAUUUGCAAGAGUUAUGGCUUGGACGUAAUCGAAUUAAAGUUGUGAAUCUAUGUGGUUUGAAAUGCAUUAAGAAGAUUAGUUUGCAAAGCAAUCGUCUUACUUCGAUGAUAGGAUUUGAGGGUUGCAUAGCUCUAGAAGAACUAUACUUGAGCCACAAUGGUAUCACAAAAAUGGAAGGCUUGUCAUCUUUAGCCAAUCUCCGGGUUUUAGAUGUAUCAUCAAAUAAGCUAACCUCUGUGGAUGACAUUCAUAACCUAACACAAUUAGAAGAUUUGUGGCUUAAUGACAACCAAAUAGAAUCACUCGAAGGAUUUGCUGAGGCUGUCGCUGGUUCAAGAGAGAAGCUUACCACAAUCUACCUAGAAAAUAACCUUUGUGCUAAGUCACCCAACUAUACUGCCAUCUUAAGGGAAGUCUUUCCCAACAUUCAACAAAUCGAUUCUGAUGUAUUUUCUUAAAAGUAUCUUGGCUCCAUCUUUUCUGAUAAAACAAUAGCUUUGAAGUAUUGACUUUUCAUAUCUAUUUGUAAGUUUUAUAUAGAUCUUUGCACGCUUUAAUCUCUGUUUUAGGUUGCACUUCAAUUAAUUUCUGCAAAAUCUGCCAUGCAUGCAGAUUUCAUUUUGGGAGAGCAAUGAAGGGAUGUGAUUAUAAAACCACCGGAGAAUAUUAUGUGGUCUAACCAUUGCUUACCAAUCCAAUGAAUAUAUAUACUUGUUGCAUGUUUCUUGUUUUGUAGCCAACACUAUGUAUUAAUUAUGUCCUAUCGGCAACCAAUUUUUGAAGUAAGCCAUUCUUGUGCUGUCUUAAUGCUAUUUGCUCUUGCUCUUUAA